CCCAGAUCCAAGAUCCAAAAAAUUCAAAGUACCUAGCUUUGUACUUUUGUACCCUCAGCCAAUAAUUUGAACCUUCAAAUCGUCGUCAAAUUGUCAAAUCAACCCAUCCCACCUUUGCAACCGAAAAUCCACCACCAAUCGUAACACAACACCCGAGAUCGAACCGUCCGGUCAAAACAAAACCUUGAAGGAUGGCGGGUGGUCUAGUCAAGUACCGACACCUGAGUCGGAAAUCCUCCCACCGACAGGCCCUGCUGCGAAACUUGGUAACCGCCCUCGUCCAGCACGAGUCCGUCCGGACGACAUGGCCCAAGGCCAAAGAAACCCAGCGUCUGGCAGAGAAGCUCAUCACCCUGGCUAAGAGGAACAACGAGACCAGCAGGAGGAAAGCGACGGGUAUCUUAUAUACCCCCCACAACCUGCUCCCAAAACUCUUCGGGGAGCUGCGCCAGCGGUACGCCUCGCGGCCGGGCGGGUACACGCGGGUCUUGCGGACGGAGCCCAAGUCGCGGUACGACCAAGGCGAGUCGGCGAUCCUGGAGCUGGUAGACGGGCCCAAGGACCUGCGGUUCGCGAUGACGGCGGCGGCCGUCGCGCGCGACCAGCGCCUCGGCCGCCCCCACAACCAGCUCACCCUGCUCAACCGCCAGAAGGUCACCCGCUACCGCCCGGACGGCCAGGCCGCCUUCGACGACAUGGUCAAGAAAGUCGGCGCCCUACGGUUGGGCGGCAAGGGUGCUGCUGCUGCUGCUGCUGGUGGUCCGCAAGAGGAGGGGUCGGGGGGAUCGGAGGCUGCUGCUACGAGCUAGUCGAAGGAAGGGGGAUAAAAAAAUAAAAUAAAAAUAAAAAUAAAAAUCUGCGGUUGGUUCUACGAAGGAGGAUGAAGAGCGGGGAACGAAGGGUUUUGAUUAGGCCUGGUUCAGUCUUGCUAUGAUAGGAAAGAAAACUUAGGAAGAGCAAGAUUUGAUCGUAUGGCUUGAGUCCGGGCAUGGUUAUUACUUGCCUGGGAUUUCUUCAAAUUCCAGUAAGUGGGAGAGAGUAUCGGGGAAAAGAAAUGUA